AACCCGGCGGACUCGCAACCCGUUUUCUUCGCCCGUUCUCUUUCGCCCUCAACGCAGAACGUGGCGUCGGCGUCGGCGUCGGAUACCACUGCGCCAAGCAUAAAAAUCACCAACCGGAAAGCAGACGACGCGUAGCGCCGGCGGUUAUGGAUUACCAUAACAAGCUGGUUCUUGCCCCCAUGGUCCGAGUGGGCACUCUACCAUUUAGGUUACUUGCUGCUGAAUAUGGUGCUGAUAUAACUUAUGGGGAGGAGAUAAUAGAUCACAGAUUAGUCAAAUGCGAACGACGCCUAAAUGAGAUACUUGGUACUAUUGAUUUUGUUGUGAAAGGAACUAAAGAGGUUGUAUUUAGAACGUGCUGUGCUGAGAGGAACAGGGUUGUAUUUCAGAUGGGAACCGCUGAUGCUAUCAGGGCUCUCUCUGCUGCUCAAAUAGUGUGCAAAGAUGUAGCAGCGUUAGAUAUUAAUAUGGGCUGCCCUAAGUCUUUCUCCCUCAGUGGAGGAAUGGGUGCUGCACUGCUCUCUAAACCAGAACUUAUUCAUGAUAUUUUGACCACCUUAAGAAGGAACUUGGAUACAACCAUAACUUGUAAGAUUCGCCUUCUUGACUCUUCUCAAGAAACUGUAGAAUUGGCACGACGGAUUGAAAAGACUGGCGUAUCAGCUCUAGCUGUCCAUGGAAGAAAAGUCAAAGAUAGACCAAGGGAUCCUGCAAAGUGGAAUGAGAUUGCAGACAUAGUAGCGUCAUUAUCUAUUCCUGUUAUAGCUAAUGGUGAUGCUUUCGAGUAUGAAGAUUUUGAACGAAUGAAAGAUGCUACAGGAGCCUCAUCUGUUAUGAUUGCUAGAGGGGCACUUUGGAAUGCUUCAAUCUUCUCUGCUAAAGGAAAAUUGCCAUGGGACACGGUGAAGAAAGAGUAUGUGAGAAAGUGCAUUUUGUGGGACAAUGACAUCAAAAGUACAAAGUAUACUGUGAAAGAAAUGAUAAUACACCAUUCUUGCCUAGAACUCGCUGAAGGAAAGGCUGUGAACAAAUCUGACACUUACAAGGACUUGGCCUAUUUGGACCCAUAUUGAAGCUCAACAUUGAGCGUGAUUCCAAAAUAAUGUGAAGAAUUCCCCAUUAAAUAAGCAAAGCUUUGGUUUUGGGCUAUAAAGUAUAAACACAAAUUAUGCAAUCCAAGUAAAUCCAGAAACAUGACCGACAGGUCCAAGAUGUCUAGUCUUUUUCAUUGGAUUAAGACUAAUUUUAUUUGUAAUUUUGUGGCUGAAUGAGAAACUUCCGGCAAUAUGACCUAACUUUGGCCUCGAAGUUAUAUACAAGAAUGUCAAAAUAAACCAAUGCUAUUUAAGCUUUUGAUACGAUUGAAACAAUGAAGGUAGGAAAUCAACCUUGUAACUGGAGAGGGUACAUAGAUUAGUCAUGGUGCAAUUCAACAACCUUUUCAACCAUAAAAGUAAUUUGUUCAUUCCAAAUUGACACGUUCUGGAGCCAUUAUAAAAUGAAAGCACAGAAACAUGAACCGCAGCAGGGUUGGGUAUGCAAGUCAUUAAACGCUUCUUGGAGAGAUGGCAUAUCGAGGGAUCUGCUGCCUAUUUACUUAAAUGUUCAUAUGUGUGCUUUCAAUUUUCAGGUUUUAGUUAUUUGCCUAGGUGACAUCACCACAUGUACAUUGUGCCUAAGAUCUUAUGCAACAUAUGUACUCAGCUACUGACAAGUUGACAACUGAAAAAUAUUAUAUUUUACAACCGUUUGAUCUAACUGUAUUGCUCAAGUUGGGGUAGUAUAUUUUAUAUCAUAGUUAGAAUCAUACGAUUUAUGGUUUGUAUACGUGGUGGUAUGUGUGUGUGUGUA